AAAUCUAAAAGUCCUUUCUCUUAGCCCCAAUUUUUGAAGAUUGAAUUUAAUUCAACCAUUUCCCAAUCUCCCCCAUUCUUCAAAUUGUCAAAUACUAAAACUUAGUAGAAAGAAUCCUGAAUUUCUGAAUUUCGAGAAAUUUGUCCCUCACUGAUUUUCAGAGAUUACGCUGAUUUUCGAGAGUAUGUGAUUCUGAACCGAAAUUGAGUGGUUUUGCUUGAGUUGAGGAGUUUAGGAGAAGACAAGUUGGGGUUGGGGUUUGUGUUGAACAGUGUUUGAGAGAGAGAGAGAGAUUAGGGUUUUUGGUGAAGAUGAUAGAUGUAAUACUGCAUAUAUACGACGUGACGAACAGUGGAUCGGAGAAAACCAAUAACACCAUUCUUCAAAUCAAUAAGAUCUUCAAGGACGGAAUCGGCCUCGGCGGCAUCUUCCACAGCGCCGUUCAGGUUUAUGGAGCUGAUGAAUGGUCCUUUGGGUAUUGUGACCAAGGAACUGGAGUUUUUCAUUGUCCUUCUAGAGAGAAUCCAAUGUAUACAUACCGUGAGACCAUUGUCCUUGGUAAAACAAACUGCUCAAUUUUCAAGGUAAACCAGAUCUUGCAGGAACUUAGUAGAGAGUGGCCUGGACAUGCAUAUGACUUGUUAUCCAAAAAUUGCAAUCACUUCUGUGAUGAGCUCUGCGAAAGGCUUGGUGUACCAAAGCUUCCAGGUUGGGUUAAUCGCUUCGCUAAUGCUGGUGAUACAGCUCUUGAGAUUGCAGGAAACACAGCUCUACGGUUGAGACAAGCCAAGACAGAGAUAGUAUCAGCCAGCAAAGUGGCAUAUCGUUUCCUUGCGGGUGUUACCUCUGGUGCCAAUGGAGGAACUCCUGACUCUCCUGGCGAUUCAAACAGAGGAUCCGCCAGAUUUCAAGCAACUUGGUUUAGAAACCUCAUUACCAGCGGUGCCAAGCCAUCCAGUAGUUCCGAAAUAGAUAAUCAAGGUGAGAAUGUGAAUCAGCAACAACAACAGAGUGUAUCUUUAACACAACCCUUGAGUCAGGAUUCACUAGAUUCAGAAAUACCAAUGCAACAUAGUAGAUUACGUGACAUGUGAUGAGACGUUUUUUUAAAGCAUCAUUGUUUUGUAUACUAGUUGAACCUUGGAAAGCAAAUUAAGUUCAUGUAUAUCAUUUGUUGCCCCCCAACUUAAAUUUGUCAAAAUGCUGUCCUGGCGAUAGAACUAAACUGAAAAGAUUGUCAAUCUAUCAAUGUCUUUUAUCCUAUAUAUCAUUUGUUCCAAAAGUUAAGAUAGUGACUUGUGCAAGGACAUGGUUAUUGCCACACAAAAUUCUCACUCUGUAUAGUUUGACUGUUGGUAAUAAAUUAGUCCAUGGGCA